UAAUGCGUCAUAUUUGUCAACAAGAAAGGAAGAUGAAAGUAUAAUAUUGGAAUUUCUCGAAUACACAUUAAUUGGGAACAUCGACACUUAGCCACAUGGUAGAAAUGGAUGAACUUAUAGCAAUAAAUGUGCGAUACGAAGGGGACAACGAAGCUUCACAAAUAUUUCAACUAAAUCCAAAGACACAAUGGCGAGAUCUGGAAGCCAUGUUGAAGGUCCAGUAUGACUGUGAAAAUGUAGAAGUAUUUUACGUUGAUACAGAUGGUGAUUAUAUUAUUUUAAGCAGUCAAGAGGAGUUAGAAGAAGCUUUCAAAGUUGCACAGAAUUGCUCCAGUACUCUACAUCUAAAACUGAGAAAUUUCACAGGACAACCAGUAGAUCCGGAAACACACAGGGGAGAUAAUUCUCCACAGACACCAGGUGGUGACACUGAUGUAAAGAUAAUGAUGGAAUCUUCUGUUGACCCAAGAUCUGAACCUCAGCAGAACACAGAAGCUCAGAAAGAACAAGAAGGAGAUUCCUGUUCUAGUGAGACAGAGUUAGCGAAAUUAGAAAUGUGGCUCCAUGAAGACAGUAAGCCAUUGAUUAGAUCUAAAGAGGUAGAAAAACAAAUGGCACAUACAGUUGACAUUGUUACUCCAUCAGAAGAUGAGAAGAAGGAGGCUGGAGAAGUGAAGCCAUCUGAUGGACAGAAAGAUGAAGAGACUGGAGUAGUUUAUGUCAAGCCAAAGGUAAUGAGACAAAAAGUUAGAAAGUCUGAAAAGACAUUAGAACAUGAUCGCAUGUAUAAAAGACGCCAUUGUAAAAGUGCAGAGAGGUCACGACGACUCAGAUAUGAAGAAGAGGCUGAAACUUCAGAUGAUGCUGCUAUGCCGUAUGAUGUGUUCAUCAAAUACAUGCAACAGUUAAAACUUGAAUUGAGAACAGAAAUCGUAAGAGAUGUUACCAGGAAAACAGUGAAACAAGUAUUGAAAGGAUUAGAUGGGGCAGUGAUCCAGUCAAUGAAGGGAGGUAACCCUGAUACUACUGUAGAAACACCUGCAUCCCCAACAAAGACAGAAGAUACUCCUAUCUCAUCACCAGUAAAGAACAAAGAAGUGGGAACAGUAGAAGGAACAACUUCACAUCCAAUAUACUACCAUGAGCAUGUAACCUGUGAUUUCUGUGAGAGGACCAUUGUAGGAGCUAGAUACAAAUGCUGUAAUUGUAGUGAUUAUGAUUUAUGCGAAGAAUGUGAGGCCAUCCACGGAGUUCAUGACCCCAAUCAUGUGUUCCUGAAAAUCAGACGACCAGUUAGACUACGUAAUAAAACUCCUCUUCUUAAACAGAUAAUCUACAGAUCAUCUUCAACUGAACAUAUUGAAGCCAGACAACCAUUGUUUGAAAGUGCUGAAAAAUUACUGAAAGCUAAAAUGGAUAAAUUAAAGACUCAGCUAUCACACAAACAAGACAAACUGAGGAAAAAGGAAGAAAAAAUAAUGAGAAAACAAAAAAGGAAAGAAGAUAGACUUCAACAGUGGUUAGAAUCUUCAAAACAUGAUGUUAUGCAAGUCAGACAUGCAACUGUUGAACUUUUAAUGGCUGCUGAUUUCUUGUAUGAUGUAACUAUACCAGAUGGAACCAGAGUACAACCAGGAACCAGACUAAUGAAAACUUGGAGAAUAAGAAAUGCAGGAACAUCUAAAUGGACUGAUUCAACAAAGCUGAAAGUAGUCUAUGAUUGUAUACCUACUGUUCAUAAGGAAGAAAAUGUACCAAAAUUGAGACCAGCAGAAGAAGGGGAGAUAACUGUUGAACUUGUUGCUCCUCAAAAACCAGGUCGUUAUCAGAGCCAUUGGAAGAUGUUUGACCACGACAGAUCAUUUGGACAUCGUGUCUGGUGUGAUAUCAUAGUAGAACCUAAAGAGAUCCUGGAACCCACUAAAGAUGACACACUCAAACUUGUUCAACAGUCUCAACAAGCAGAACACUUGCAUCAGAAGAGUGAAUAUGAAGAAAUCCCUGAAAGAGAUGUAAAAAUAUCACAGAAAGAAGACUUCCUGUUAGAGCCAAGCCAGACAAGUUUUAGAUCCAAUGAGGAAAUAGAAAAGAGGGAACCAGGAGAAGGAGAGGAAAAUAUAAAGAUAGUCAUGGCCGACAGUGUAGCUGAAAUAGCUGACAAAAUGGUGGAAUUUGUGUGUGAACAGAUGGAUAGAAGUGAAGCAAGAAAUGUUGAACAUUUUAUGCCUCAAAAUAAUAAUGAAGAAACCAUAGCUCUAGAUAAUGAACCCAGAUAUGUUAAUCAAGAAAAUGAAAAUGUUGAUUCUGGAAUUCCAGUGGAAUUUGCCGGACAUCGGGAAGAAGUCAGUGACACUGGUAAUAAAUAUGAAAGUACUGGAAAAAGUGGUGAUGAGUCUGACUUCAGUGACGGACAUGGGUUCCUUCAUGUACAGGGCCCUGAUUUGAUUGCUUUUGAGAUGGUAGAGCCUGGCGAAGAUGACAAGUAUGAGAAUGCUCUUCCUGUUGAAGAAGAAAAGUUUGAAAAUGCUGAAGAAUAUCUCAAUGAUAGAAAAGAAGAAGUUCAGAUAGAAGAGAGACAGGUUCUGUCAAGGAGUAGCAGUGUUGAAGUUGUAGAUAUGACACAAGAUGAAUCUGCAGCUGAUGAGGAAGUUCAGGAUCAUGAAUAUCUGAGAAGUUUACAGAAUCCAGUUACAGUUACUGUAGAUGAAGAUGAUGAUGAUGAUGAUGAUGAUGAUGAUGACAGUAUGACUGAUAGUUCCUACGAUAUAUAUAAUGAUAGUGAAGAUGAUUUCUUGGUUGUUCCCAUGCCUGCCUGUUUCAAUUUGGAGAAACCCAUCAGCUUUCAACAACCAGAGAGUCAGUCUGAAGAUGAAAGGGCAGAUAACUUGGAUGAUAAUCAUAACAGAAUUCAUGUUGCUGAUGAACAGACGAGAGUAUCUGUAGAUGAUAUACUGACUGCAUCCAGUACCAUAGCCACGCCCCCUUUGGAGCCAGAAGCUGUUGACAUGCCUACACAGGAAGUAGAAGAUAAAACAAUAAUAAAGAAAGAAGCUGAUCUUGAUGAUUUCUUUGGAACAGAAUCUGUAGAAAAAGACAAUCUUGUUAGUGCAAGUGAAACUGACAGUGAAGAAACAAAAGUUGUAGAAAUUACUCAACAUCCUGGACCAGCAGACAAAGCAGAAGAAGUUACUUCCCCUGUUGUAACAACACAACCAGAGGGAGCCACUGCAAUGGAAACACAAUGGGAUAAACAACUAGAACAAAGACCAGCAGAACUUGUCAACCAGAUGAUGCACACUGCAGUAAAAGCUGCCAACAAAGCAGCCGCUAAUGCCUAUACUACAGCUAAGGAAGUUUUCUACACUUGGCAGGCAAGAACAUACCAGAAUGCUAGUGGAAAAACAAAUAGUUACAAACCUCCAACAUCGUCAUGGAAACCAAAAGAGAGUGACUUUAAACCACCACAAUCUGACUGGAAACCUAAAGAUGAAUCUAACAAGGAAGCAGAACCAUGGAAAGCUCUAAAUGCAGAUUACAAACCACCAAAAUCUGAGUGGAAACCAAAAAGCGACAAAUGGCAACCUCCAAAAGAAGCAGGACCAAUGGCUAAGCUUAAAGAAAUGGGAUUUUGCAAUCGUGAAUUGAAUGAAAAACUUCUGAAAAAACAUAACGAUGAUGUGGAAACUGUCGUACAAGAAUUGUUGUCAACAACAGAAAACGAUUGGAUGGCACAGCGACAUUAGUUUGCUGUUGCCACAGGAAAGGACUUAGUUUAUAGACUUUGCUUAAAAUCAGUGGAUGCAUAUAGAUAUGGAGUUUGACAGGAACCUUAUAUUUAAAAUAUUUUGUUUUGAACAUUUUUUUAAAUUUUAUUCAAUGUUUAAUAGAUUAUACUUUAUACUUGAUUUGAUCUUUAUUGAUUUAAUGUGGAAUUUCUUCUGCAAUUUAUAAUUUAUGAAAAGUGAUACAUGCACAUACACUAUCUAAAACUUCAGCUGAAAUUGAAAUAAUUUUUCUUACAUAUAUUUUUUUAAUCUAUUUAUGUUCUGAGAAGCCAUGAGAUAAAAAAAUAUUGUUAAUUUUACUUACUUUUUUAUUGAAGAAAAAAUAUAGGAAAAUAUUUGUUAUAUUCUUUGCUGAUUGAAGGUUGGUCUCUCAUUAUGCACAUAUAGCUUGAUAAUGAAAUGUUAUAUUUUGCGUUAAGUAUACACAAGUUAUUUAACUAAUUUCACAACAUUAUUAAUACAAUUGUUAUGAUACAUGUACCUUUGUUUAAUGUUGUUUCUUCAUCAAAAAUAAUUGUUAGAUUUGUAUGUGAUUUUGUGUCUUUUAUUAUUUGGAGUCACCUAAAACCUGGUGACUAGGUCUGAUGAAGUGUCAUGCAGCAAAUAAAAAUGUUUUCCUUUAAUUAGUAGAAGUGCAUGUACAGAUUUUGAGUGAUGAAAAAUCAUUUCUCUUCCAUCCAAAACUAUUUCAGGAAUUUGAUUAAAGAAUUCUUCCCAUUCAUUUUAAAUGACAGUAUCCAUUGUUUGAAAAAAAAAUGAAACUUGACACUUACUUAUAAAGUUGUACUUCAUUUUCAAUUAGGAAUCAAUACCGGAAAAAUAUUGUUCUUAGAAAAAAAUCUUCUUUCUAUAUUAAUUUUAUCUUAUGUAUGUAAAUAGAAUCGUUAUUAUGUUUAUGAUACAUUGUGAAUUCUGUGAUUGGUUAAUUUUUUGUUGUUGUUUAGUUAUUUCCCCUUAUUUGAUUUUUUAUGUAUAUUCUUUUAUUAAUACUUUGACUUUUAUUUUAUGAUUUAUUGAAUUCGUGUAUUAGUGCUUUGUGAUAAUGGGAAGAUUAUUUCAUGCAAACAAGAUUUUUGUGUAAAUAUUUGCUGUUUAUUGGUUUUGUGAUAAUUUUAACCCAUGAGAUCUGAUUGAAAUACAGAAUUAGCAAUUAUAACAUGUAAAAACAAAUUUUUAAGUUUCAUUAACAGUUUGUGUCUGUUAAAAUCACAGACAAAAAAUUUCAGAAUAAGUUAUUUAUAAAAAAAAAAUAAUAAUUUGUGAACACUUGAGUAUGUUGUAUAUAAAAUAUAUUCAUUUUAUUUUAUAGAGGACUUUUUCUUAUAUUAGAUUGAAAAUAUUUGUCAUUGCAAAGACAAAUAUCUGAAUAAACAGCCCUGCUGAUUUUUGAAAAACAUUCAUGUUUUUAUCGAUACAAAUAGUCAUGUAAUGAUGGAAAGUCAUAUUAAUUUAUAUUAUAAACUUUUGAAUACUUUUUGUCUUGAAAUUUUUAUCCAAAUUUAUUUCAAAGUUACAUAGAAUUACAUUUCCUACUGAAUAGUCUGUCAUGAUAUUUCAAAGUUUUCAUUUAUUGGUUUCUAAGGAAACUUGAUUUCAUUUAUUUAGUCUAUUGUUUCUUUGGAUUACCUCCCCUGCACUGAAAGUUGGUAGUUUAAUAAGCUUUAUCCGAAAUGGCAUGUAAACAGUUUAAUGUUCAAAUGAAUAACAAAUAUCUGCUUUUUAAAUAUCAAUUCACCUUUGUCUAAAGUCUUUUGGCCUUGGCCAAUUAAACUGCAAUUUGUAUAUGAAAUGUUAAAUAUUUAAAAACAUAUGCAUAAAUGAAAAAAAUCAUUGUAAUUUUUUUAAGAAUUUUCAAAGCUUAUGAAAAGAAGUAACUUUAUCUGUUAAUAUGAAUGCAUUUUUUGAAUAUGUAUAUGCAAAAUUUAGAAUUAACAAAGCUUAUGAAACCUUAAUAGUGAAGGAAAUAAUAAGUGAAAAUGACCUUAUUUUAAAGAACAAUUUUAUAUGCAUCUAAAAGCGAGAACAGUAAUUUGAAACAUGCAAAGUUUUUUAGACAAUAAUUUUCUCUUGUAUGAAUACACUAAGUAUUGAAAAUGGUAGAAAUAUGUAACUGUGAAGAAAUGGGUAAAUGUGAAAAAAAAGUAUCAUAAAAAAUACUCUGGUUUACAAUAUGUUGAUUAUAAAUCAGUUUAUGAAUUUUAAAGGUAUUUUUAAAUGAAGUGUAUCGUUAUCAAUAGUAAAAUAUGUUUUCUUAUUUUAAUGGAGAAUUGCCCAAUAUGGCAAUGAUUUUUCAGGCUUUAGAAAAAAAAGUUUUGUUAAUUAAUAGAGUAUGUUAGCAAAGCAUAUCUAGAGUUUAUAGCAGGUUCACAUAGUCUUUCUGUUUAAUUAAAUGUUUACAAUGUCUUUCAUAACAAUAAACAUUAUUGCAUAUAU